GUGCAACCGCCCUCGCCGAACCCCAGGACCACAACAAAAAUAGGAAAGAGCGGCGUGAGAUCUUCGCUCCCUAGCUCCGUCCUCUGUGAAGUGUGGGUGUUAUUUUUGGGGAGAAUUAGUGGGGGAUUUGGUUAUCUGGUGUUGGAGAAAGCACAAAAAUGAAUCGUCGAAUAUCAACUGCUCUGUCAGACUUAGUCUUAGCUUUGUCUGCCUUAUGGGGUUUCCGGAUGCUGAGUGAUAAUCGCACAGCAGACUUCCAGUUUGGGAAAUGGUGGUUUAUGCUGAUGACCAUCGCAGCUUCCCUUGGUGUUGCCCGAUUCGGAGCAUUAUUGCCUAAUUAUCAAGCAGGCAUUGUGAAAUAUCACAUAAUCUUUUCAUGGUUGUGCCGAGCUAUAGGUGUUCCAUGCCUUGCAGCAGAGGUUUGCAAAUACUAUACAUUUACUACAGCUGGACAGGGCUUUUUGAUAAGUGCUGUUGCGACAUUCAUAACAUCUUCACUUAGAAGUCACUACAAGGAAAAAGUUACAGAUUUGAUAAAUGGAUUAUCUGUUAUCAUGAUUUUAGUGCUGGGUAUAACAGGUGGUAAUGCGUAUCUCAUUAUAACUAGCGUACUGUUUAUGUUGUCGGGUAUAGUGGGUGUUGAUGGUGAUAUCGAGUCCCUUAAGUUGCCUCGAGUAGAUGUCUUCCACUACGUACUUGUUGGCAUUAAUUGUUUUGUUGUAUGGGGAUUCGAAAACUAAAUUUAUUUUGUUACAAAUCCCUAGGUAAUAUAAUAUUGUGAUUUUCAAGACCUAUUUAAAAGUUGUAUGAAACUUUCUUACUUUUUUCACAUUGUCUAGUCACAAAUUUCAUCGUUAGCUUUUAAUGGAAUUCCAAAAGAAAAACAGGACCAAGUAGUCUUUACAUUGCAGCUUCAUUGCAAAUAACAUUACAAGCUCAUAUUUACCAGUUAUUGAUAUUAUUUUAUACUAUUAUUAUUAUUGUUAUUAUUUUUUAGAACCAUUAGUAUCAAACAUGCUGUAUAUACGUGCAAGAUUAUGUUGGCAUUUAUCAAGGAAUUAGGGUAAUAAUUCAAACGAGGGAAUUUUUCCUUAAUUGAUUGAAAAUCUCAAAGCAGUCAUUUAUUGAAUUAUUAUUUUUUAGUUCUAGAAACAGUCAUAGGACAUUAGUACAGAAUUUUUUUCAUCUGUGUUGAUUAAGGAAAUACUAGUUGACUAGACUUCAUGUGUUGAUGAUUAAGAGAAAAUUUAGAUAUAAAGUGAAUCAAUAUUUUGUGAGGGAAAAUCACAUUUUAUGUAAUUAACAAAUAACUUAGUUUAGACACAGAAUGUACUAUACUUGCUGAUGCCGGGAGGGCAUAUAUACAUACCCUGUCCACAGUCAUUUUAGUUUAUUAGUUAUUAGUCACUGAGGAGCCACUUACUUCACUCACCUCUUUACUCGACUCCUUGAAUUUUUAUUUUUAUUUAUAUCUUUGUUAUUAGUAUUUCUUAUUCAAGGCUAAAUAGGUGAGAUCAGGUAGGCCUAGCAGUUAACUCCUUGGAGAAUAGGCAUUUGUGAAUCCACCUGUGUGAACAAGAUAGGCUAAAUAGAACUACAGAGGACAUAGCUAAAAUAACAGAAAAGAAUAUUUAGAUGAGAUUUUUGUCUUCUAAAUUGCCUUGAUAACUGUCUAACCAUUUAAUAAUUUUGUGGUCAUAACUUUUGAAUGUUGAAAGUUUGUUAUCUGUUAAUUGUUAAGGUUGAUGUACAAUCUCUUGAUAUGAAUACUGUUUGGAGAAUUUUAUGUAGACCCAAACAAAUAAAACAUAAAUAUUA